UCAGUCCUGUGACACAGAGACCCUGACACUUACCCCAGAGAUGCUGCUGCUGCUGCUGCUGGCCCUGCUGUGGGCAGGGUCCCUGGCUCAGCAUCAAGAAUUCCAGCUGCAGGUGCAGGGGUCCGUGACAGUGCAGAGGGGCCAGUGCAUCUUCGUGCCCUGCACUGUGAUCUAUCCCAAGAUAGGCUGGACUGAAUCUGACGUAGCUCAUGGCUACUGGUUCCUGGAAGGGGCCAAGUCAGGCAAGGAUGAUCCUGUGGCCACAAACAACCCCAAUCGCAAAGUGAGGGACCAGACCAGGGGCCGAUUCCACCUCGUUGGGGACCCCCGGACCUACAACUGCUCCCUGCACAUCAGAGAUGCACAGAAAGGGGACACAGGGAGAUACUUCUUUAGGGUGGAGCGAGGGUCCUGUGUGAAAGAGAAUUACAAAAACAACAUGCUCUCUGUGUAUGUGACAGAAAAGAAAUUGGAUCUGGUGCCUGACAUCCACAUCCAGGGCACCCUGGAAUCUGGACACCCCAAUAACAUUACCUGUACAGUGUCAUGGGCCUGUGACAGAGAGACACCACCCAUCUUCUCCUGGACGGGACCCAACCUUGCACCCCUGGAUCCCAGGACUCCCAACUCCUCAGUGCUCACCCUCACACCAGGGCCCCAGCACCACGGCACCAACCUCACCUGUUGGGUGGCCUUGCCAGGUGGUCAGAUCAAGGAGAAGACAAUCCAGCUCAAUGUGACCUGUGAGUACCCAGUCAGGACACUGGGUCCCUGA